AGUGUGAGCACUGUAGUUAUUCAAACGAUAGGCUUAGAACUCCGCUGAGAACGCCACUGACAUAUUUUAAGGUUUUCACUGAAACGGAGUCUUUGGACAAACUGAAAUGAAUAGCUACACGACAACUGUGUGAAAUAUAACCGAUUUUGUGCGUGGGGUCCCAGCACACCACCGAAGCUGCGCGUUCUCAGUGCAAUUGACAAGAGGAGAACGACGGUGCAUAUGCUAGUGCAGUCGGCGGCGGGGGUUGUUUAGCAGGUGACGCUCGAGAAGUUCGUGCUAAGCCUGCCAACAGCCACUGCCGACUGCCAUUGUGCUGGUGGAGGAUCACCUCAGUGCCCUCCAACCUCGCUUGCCAGCACCUGGCCCCGCACCAAGGGAACCCCAGUCUUCUUAUCCAGUUCCAGCGCCAAGGAGAAGACCACCAGUGGGGCCUUCGGUGGUAGUGGGGGAAACGUCCUCUGCUCCUCUCCCUAAUACCCGGUCUCCCCACAACCGCUUCCACGUUCGCCCACAGUGCCCGGAUUCAGAGGUUGCGGUUGCGGUGCCGGACGCCCAGGGGCCGCCUCAGGCGCCUGGGGAGGAGUGCUGGCGUUGCGGUCUGUCCCCUUAUGGAGAUGGAGCCGCAGUCACGGACCCCCCCUUCUGUGGCUACCCGAAACCCAGGAGCCUUCAGAGUGAUGGGCCCCCCAGGGACCCUGAGUGUACCCGAGACCUUUAAUUCACACCCCCCGCCUUACCCGGGCCCUAAAGCCAAUGGCUCCCGAGCGCAGAAGAACUCACUGCUACAGGCUGAGAGGGAAGUGGAGAUCCUGAACCACUGCUUCGACGACAUCGAGCUCUUCAUUGGAAAGCUGCAGAAGUCAGCCGAGGCCCACAACAUGCUGAACCAGAGGAAGAAGAAGAAGAAGAGCCGCAGGAAGAAGGACGACGAGGAUGACCUACUCACACUGAGAGCCCGCCCUCCCCCUGAAGAAGAGUUCAUCGAAAUCUUCCAGAAGUUCAAAUACAGCUUCAGUCUGCUGGACCGGCUGAAGCCCUCCAUCAUAAACCCGAACUCUGAGGAGCUCCUGCACCACGUCUUCACAGCCCUGGACCUGAUUGUGAAGACCACCGGAGGGCCGUCUCUGGGGGCGGGCGUGGCCAGUCCGGCGCUGACGGGCGGGGCCGUGGCCCUGCUGCAGGACAGCCUGACGGACGAGGAGAAGCAGCUGUGGACCUCGCUGGGGCCCAACUGGACCCUCCCCCGCUCCCAGCUCGGUGAUGUCCCCCCUUACACACCUGCCUUCAUGGAUGGCUGGAAGCCCGAGGCCUUUGACCCGGAAGGACAACUCUGGGAGGAUCCCUUAGAGUUACAGCACAAGCAGGAAGCACUGAAGCAACGGCAAACAGAAGCAGAGUCGGCUGCCCACCACAAACCAGCAGGCCACUCUGCUGAUGAAAUGGACAGCUCACGUCUGCCCCCCGAAGGAGAGAGGAUGUACUGCUGCAGCUACGACUUUGUGGCUCGGAACAGCAGCGAGCUCUCGGUGCUGCACGGAGAGACGCUGGAGGUGAUUGAGUCGUCGAAACGCUGGUGGAAGUGUCGUAACCGCUAUGACCAGAUCGGCUUCGUGCCCUUCAACAUCCUGGAGCCUCUCUCAGCCGUGAACGACGUACACAAGGCCAGUGCUCUCACACCGUCUAAGAGGAAUACUCUGUCUCCCCUGAUGAACACGGGCUUCGCCUAUAACCCCCCUAGCCCCUCCUACAUGAGCUCCAGCCCCACGGCGCUGCACCCCUACAGUACCCCAGGGACCCCCACCGCAGAGGACGGGGAGAGAGGGAUGGCGGUGAACGAUGAGCUCUUGCAGAGACUGACCAAUGGGAAGGCCGGCUCCUCUCGCACCCUGGUCAUCCCCCGGACCAGCGACACCUCCGCCCCCCUCGACUACCACUCCCCACCCGCCGAGGUGGCGGAGUGGCUGAGGGGGAAGGGCUUCAGCAAGACGACGGUAGGCUGUCUGGGAGUGCUGACCGGAGCGCAGCUCUUCUCCCUCAAUAAAGAAGAGCUGCGCGCCGUCGCGCCAGAAGAGGGCGCCAGAGUCUACAGUCAGAUCAUGGUUCAGAAGGCCCUGUUAGAGGACGUCCGUAGGGCCUCCGAGCUGGAGUCGGUGAUGCAGAAGCAGAAGAUGAAGGUCGACCUGAAAAUGGAGAGCAGCACGCUGUGACUCAUCCCAUCUGCACCCUGACCAGCUGAGGAGAGGACAAGGACUACUACUCUGACAGGAAAGACAACGACUACUGCACUGACACAGGAAAGACAACGACUACUGCACUGACACAGGAAAGACACAGACUUCUGCUCUGACACAGAGAAGGCACUGACAGACUGAUCACUAUAAUUACACGGCGAGGACACUCGACAAAUUACUCACUGCACUGACAUAGAGACACUGACAUUCUGUACUGACAGACCGUACACUGACACACUUCUCUGACUGAGAGAACUGUCCGAUAUGCAACAGCGAUAAUGACACGAUAAAACUGAAACACUUAACUCAGACGCUAAACAGCACUGUCUCUAUACUGACCAAUGACGCGCUGGUGACGAAGCUAACACCGCCACACUUUAUAGUGACGCAGAGACACCGUUAAUCUUCAGUCUGCCUCUCGUCUGGUCUAUGCUUCCUGCAGGCUCUGUACUAAACAUGCUCUCAACAUGGCAGCACACUGUGCGAUGAUCCCACAAUCCCCUGCUGGCCCUCCGACCAUUCAGCGGUACCAGACCCCACCUUAUAAAAACCCUUUUGUGGGUUUAUAUAUAAUAUACUACUAAUAACAUGGGCUCAUUUAUGACACGUUCAUUUUAAUUAUAUUCAAAUAAGUGUUACUUUCGCUCUGAUUGUGUACUGCUUUAACCUUUUGCUGAACCGCUCACGAACAAAUGCCGUGAUGCUAAAGCAAUAAAAACCUCAAAAACGAACAUGUUGAUGUGGGAAAGCGUAUCUCAGCCGUGAAACGCAAUGGUUUUAAACCGCCAGAAUUCUACAGCGGUUACGCUGGAUUGUUCCCAAAGGAGAACUCGGUUCAUUCAAUGUUCGUUUAGUCCUUAUCUGACGGACCACCUGUUCGUUUCCAUCACAUCACCCGCAGGGAUUUCAACGUAUUUCCGUUGUUAACCAGCGGUCCCCAUAGACCCCCAAAAGGCUCAGUAAAGUCAGUAUUUAUGUUGAAUGGCUAAUUGAGACUUUCAUAAAAAAUAAUUACAUGGCCCAAUAUUUGGAGAGUGCAAGUAAGGGAAGGGAACGAGGCUAGGACGUACACACGAAGAAAACCAUCAGCAACCGUGGAACACUGCACGCAGGUUUAUAUAAUGGGUCUCAUUCACAAGAAGUUCCUACGAUCCGAUUUGAUCUUAAACUGUAAGAAUGUUUCCACAAACAUUUCUGUAUAUAUCUGUUUUUUCUCUUCUAAUCUGAAAUUGUUCUUUCGUAUGAUCAAAAUCUGCAUCUGUUUAGAAACAAGCAUCAAGGCAUAUACACCGAAGAGGUUUCUAGAAUGCUAUAAUAUUUAUGUUUAAGUCAAUUUAAGUCAAUUGAUGUUACAGAUUUCAUAUUACAACCAAAUUAUUUAUCAAUAUAAAUAUAUUCAUAAGUAUGCUAUUGAUUUUAAACUACAUUAACUAACCUAUCUGAGUAAUAUUAAAAUAUUUCACUAUUUUUCAUUUUAUUUCAUUUUCAAUAUUUAUUUCAAUUUCAGUUAAGGUUUAAUUAGUUUUAAGAGUGGGUUUGAUAUUUUUUUGUUUGGGUUCGUUUUCUUCCAAAGCUCUAAUAUUUAUUUUUAUUUCGGUUUUUGGUGUUUUUUUCACACCUAGUUUUUUCUUAGUUUUAGUUAGCGAUACUAACCUUGUUGGAAACACCUGUAAAUCAAUAGUUUUGUUAAAAAGGGACUGAUAAUUGAUGAUAUAUAAAGACCCACAAGCACGCUAUCCAAACCAACACUUAGGAAUGGCGUAUUCGCUGCUUUUGGAUCUCCUGGGCAACCGUGCCUUGGGGAGCCGGGGAGAGAGACCGGGACCGGGAGCCCUGGCGCCGGUUAUGUUAGUGAAGAGGGACUGUUCUUGUUUAUGCAUGUGUCGCGAAUCCCAAUUAAUCACACAGAAGACAACGGACCGAUAUUCAAAACAAACAUGAAUUAAGGUCUGGAAUCAACAUCCAGUAGGAAUCGCUGGUCAGCAGGGGAGGAAAGAAGGUGGAUGUCUUUUGAGAUUUAACGGAGGUGUUCUUUAAUGUAAAUAUUCCAUUGGAAACCAUGGAUAAUCCGAAAUAAUGUAUAUAUUUAAACAGGUAUGUAAUAAUCAGCAGGGGAUUUCCACUAGUUGAACAGAAAUAUUGCCACAGACAAAAUCAAAAUGAAAGAACUGAUUCAAACAAACUAACAGCGUAUCUGUAUUCCCAUACAAAUCAACAGAUGGGACAGAUUGUUAUAUUUUACAUAUUUUUUUACGUACUUCAAGGAAAACUCAUCACAGAUGAUAUUAGUCUUCCUAGCUGAUACACUGCACCUUAAUGUUGUGAAUAAUUGCUCAGUUGUGGAUGGCACUGAAAUGCUUUGAGGAUUUAAGGUUGAUUUUUAAAAAUGUGACUGUAUUCGUGUCUGACAAUGUAUGUAAUAUAUUAAAAGCGCAUAAACACUUCAUUAAAA